CAUACUAAAUUGUAGACCAUCUGACUUACUCACAUAACUUGUAUUAAUUGGUUUGAAUGCUGUAAUGACAUAGAAUGGGGAAACUUUGAUUCAUUGAUGCUGCAUCUAUAAAAAAGCCACUGUUUGAAAUGCUAUCUUUGUUGGUAACGGUCAUAUUGGUUCAGUGGUUUGUCCGAAGCAGAAGUCUUGCAAUAAAAUCCCAUUAGUAUACUGUUCAGUCAUGGCUCAACCCCUGCUGCAUGAGACAGUUUGGUUUGACCAGGGUAAAUAUCUUGAUGCUGAAAGAUUGUGGCAAGAACAGCUGGUAAAAAAGCAAGCAGGUGGUAUAGAAAAGCCAGCUAUGAAAAACUUGCUGGGCAAGCAAGCUCCACAAAGCUCUCUUGUUGAUGAAAUCGCCCGAGCUCGCCAACACAUAAAAAAUUCCCUGAUCUCAGGUGAUACUGGUGCCUUGGGUGGAUGUAACCUUCAUGACAUCUCAGAGGUAGCUUCACGAAUUCAGCAUUUGGAAUUAGAAAAUACAAACCUUAAAAAUGCUGUUGCCAACCUGACAAAUUUAGUUUCAAAGUUAGGUGCUAGAGUUAGUGCACUUGAAAAUAAAAAACCAGAAACAGCCAGUACUGAAACAGAUAAGUCACAACCUCCAAAAGCUACAGUUGAAAAUGAUGAUGACAUUGAUUUAUUUGGUUCUGAUGAAGAGGAAGAUCAGGAGGCUAAAAUGCUUCGAGAAAAAAGGCUUGAAGAAUAUGCAGCCAAAAAAGCCAAAAAAAACCCAGUUAUUGCAAAAUCUAGUGUAGUCCUUGAUGUGAAACCAUGGGAUGAUGAAACUGAUCUAAAACUUAUGGAGAAACAAGUUCGUGAAAUAACGACUGAUGGCCUUCUUUGGGGAGCAGCACGUUCUGUUCCUUUGGCUUAUGGAAUUCAUAAGCUCCAGAUAUCUUGUGUUGUGGAGGAUGAGAAAGUCAGUAUUGAUUGGCUUCAAGAGAAAAUUGAAGAACUUGAUGAACUGGUUCAAAGUGUGGAUAUAGCUUCAUUCAACAAACUCUAAUCAUCAGUUGUUAUUGAAUUAGUGGAAACUAACAUGAAGUCAUUAAAAUGAUUUGAGAGAAAUUAUGCGUUCUCUAUUAAUUGCUCCAUCGAUGUUUGAUACUUUUGUUAAUUAACUUACCACAAGAGUUUGAAUUGGAAACUAUUUUUUGAAGUCACUUAGCGGUAACUUGUAUGAAGAUACUUUCACUAAUUUCUACUGUAUUUUAUAAAGCUUUUUUCUUGAUGUCUCACAGCUUUCAAAUAAAUUUCAUUCAUCAUUCUAA